CUAGGCUCGACGUGUAUUUGCCUUUUCCGCUUUCGGAUCGAUACGAGAGUCAUCUAAACGUCUGCUUCAGCUGACACGAGGGCUGUGUAGUCCAUGAAAGCAUGGAAGUUGGAUUAUUUUCUGAUACAACUAUAUGACUGUGUCAACUCUCGGGGAACAGGGAACCGGAAAAAGGCACUGUCACACGGAUCAAUUAUUUGGAUUAGAGAUUUAUUGUUCCCUUGGAUUGCAAACAUCUCGUCUGGGUUGAGCGUUCUGGCAAUUCACGGGAUUGGUAUUUACAGAGGAGCACCAUGGAUAUUUCGUUUUCUAAUCCAACUUUGCCUCGCACUUAAUUUUCUAAUUCCUGUCUGUGACUUUAAAUUGAUCACUGGGAGUAUAUAAUGAACAUUUACUUACUUCAAACGAUACCAGAGCUGAUUUGUUGAAUAGUAAGGUAGAACUUAAACAUAUUAUCUGAUUAUGUAUGGUAUUAAAACUGUUGUGAAACAAUUGUCCAGACAAAGCUGAAUCAGGGCAUUAGGACACUAUAUCUAAUGUGAUGGUGACUAAUACACUUGUGUCACCCCUCAGAAGUCGACCAUUGCGUGCGAACUGUGAAUGUGAUAUCACGAGACGUCACGAACCUGUUACAUCUUCCAAAGUUCAUCGUCAGUCCAUUUCAACCAUUUGUAGAAACGGAGACACGCCAUACAAAGUCGAUGAAAUCGACGAGAACUACUUUGAAACCCAUGUUUGUAGAUCCGUAGACGUGCAAUUGUUAUAUCAUUAUUGUACAACUGACAGUCUCCAGUUUAUAUCGGACCGGAUCCCAGGCCUCUGUAUAACAUGGACUGUUGCGACCGGAAGCGGCUGCUCAUGGUAAUGACAAGUGCAUGUGCCUGUGCCGCCUUCGGGCUUCUAUGUAUCGCCGUGGCAACGGACUACUGGCUGUAUACUAUGGAGAAACUGGAGGAAGGCGUCAACGGAACCACCUACAAUCGCUUCUGGUCGGGACUCUUCAGGAAAUGUAAAAUUGAUGCAAAAGACACCAGUAAAAUGAACUGCACAUAUAUAAAGUACUUCACCGUCAACGACGACAGAGAUGGGAUACCACAAACCGAUGCAAUAUUAUUGACAAUGCGACGCUCUACCUGGUUUCCCCUGUCGAGCCUGGUCAUACUGCUUAUUGCGGGGACAGUCUGCUUCGUAGGACACUGCGAGUCCGGCAAGAAAAACCUUACCUUCGUCAGUGGUAUCUUAUUUGUUUUAGCAGGGUUGUGCACUCUAGUUGGGAUAAUUCUUUACAUAGGCAGUAUUACAGAAGAAGUGGGAAACAAGCCAAAAGUUUCUUUAGAGGACGUGCAAUUUCUAUAUAAUUACGGAUCUUCGUUUAUGAUGGCAGUGGGCUCGUUUGCUUUGACUGAGAUGUCGGGUGUGUUUUCUGUAUACCUGUAUAUAACUAGGUACAAAAACGCCCAAAAGAAGAAAAGACUACAAGCACUUAAGUCUGAGGCAAAUGCGAAUGACAGAAACAACCAACACUGGCGUCACAAACGUUCGCGCCCACAAUCACGUGAUCGAUCUCAGUCACGUGAGAGAUCACGAGACACCUCACUGAGUAGAUCUGAAAGUUACUACACAUAUACACCUAUUUCUGAAACUACAUGUGCAUCGCAUGAGCUAUCAAACUACUCAUUUCCAAAUGAUACAUCUAGGAAUGCUUUGUCAACGACCACUAUAGCUGAAACUCAUGCGCCUAGGGAAAACCUGUAUUCUUCAUCAGCAGACUACCUUAGGAAGACGACGCCCGUAUAAUGACAGUGUUUCUAUGAAACAAUGAUAUAGUUCAAACUUGGUGCCAUCAUAUAAAAGUUCAAAACUUGGGUUUCUGAACGCAUGUGAAUGUAAAUGUGUGUAGUGCUUGGUACGUUUAGGGAGUGCUUAAAAAUAACCACAUGAUUUAUUGAUUUGAUUAGAGACAUUAUCAUGAUUUUUUAUAGUAGAUAUGAAUAUCUAAUAGCAAUAUAAAUUUAGGUAAGGUUGUAUAAAUGUAAAUAGCAUUUUAGUCUAUUUAUUGGUGUUUUGCUUUGUUAAUUUUCAGAUUUUCAAAUACUUUUUUGAUUUGUGUUAAUGUUAAUUUGAGGAGGCUCAUUUUAGUGUUGUACUUUUUUAUUCCCUUAAAUUUUUGAAUAGCGAACACGUCAAUGUUCUACAGAGAUUGAUAUAUUUAGGUAUAAACAGAAUGUGCCAUAUAGAUACAAUUGUAACAUUUGUCAUUGUUAGUGUAUGAACUUCAUUCUAGUCCUUGCCAAAAUCGCUUUUUGUAUUUUCGCCAAAAGAUAGUUAUGAAUAUCUGUUCACACGUCAUCCACAUUUCCACGAGAACUAUUUUCUUGUAUACACCAAGUAUUGGUAGUGAUGCUUUAUUAAUUAUUAUGUAACAUGCAAUAUUUUGUUAUGUAUAAGAAAGUGAAUUAGUUUAGUGUUGUACAUAAAGGAACCGUGUCGUUAUUUUUUCAGAAAUGUAUGUUAAUAAUUAUUUUGAUUUAAAUUGCAGACCUUUAUAGUAUUUUGUUCCACAUCGAUAAUGACUAGUAAAAGUAUUUUUAAAAUAAAGAAAUUCGAAUAAUGCACUAUAAAAACAGUUAAAAUGAGAAUGAAAAAGUCAAUAGAUUGACACUUGUAUGAUGUGUUCACCGUUUAAAGGUAAUUCCAACCGUAGUUAAGGAGAGAUUAAAACCUUUAAUGUUCAUAGAACAGCACUAAGAUUUUGUAGGAAUUAAAAAAAGGAAAUCUUGGUUAAUUUUAUACAAUUUCCCGCUUGGGUGAUGAACAUAAAAUAGUGUAAUAUCCGAUUUAUUUCUACAAUAUAUGAAUAUCUCUUCAUAUGGAUCAAAUAAUUAUUGCAAGAACUACUUUUAUGUAUAAAACAUACUAUAUCAUGUUUAAGUGAAUUUUCACAAGUUAAGUAAUUUAUAUUUCUGUCAAAAAGUGGUCUAAAUGGAAAUUUCUGACAAAAUUAUUUUUCUCGAAACCUUUCUGUACAUCAAUCACAAUGUUUUGAUAAUUAAAACAUGUCAAGGAAUUGUUGCUUGUUUGCUAUACAAACUUUUGUCUCAAUUGCUUAGUCAUGUUAUCAAAGUCACGGACCUAUAAACCGUUCAUAGGUUCUCGAUAUAUUGAGUUGUUUUUCAGAAGACCAAUGUCUAUACAUCAAAGGUAAAGGUCAAGGUUAGAGGUCAAAUGUUUGAUCUGAUCUUUAUCUGGGCUGUAUCUUGACUAUGCAUUAUAGGAUUCUCAAAAAAACUUGCCAUGGAAGUUCACACAAGAACACAAGAAAAAAUUCAAAUGGGUUUCAAUGUUAACCUGAAUAAAAAGAUGUGCCGAGUGUUUCGAGCCACCGACCUCCGGAUUAUGCAUGAGUUAGCUUUAUUUUGUUUUCGCAUACUAUAAAUAAUCGGGUUCAAAAGAAACAUAAUUGACUUAGAUAUUUGCGAUUUUUACAACGGCUGAGGUUGGAAUUACCUUUAUACUAAACCCAUCGUUUUAUAUUUUUUAUUAUAUUUUCGGUACGUGGAUUAAACAGAGCAACAUCAAAAUACAUAAAAAUAUGAUAUUGAUUUAAACGAUUAAAUAGGAAAGUAACAUGCAAACAACAACUUUUCUACAUUAAGUAAAUUGCAAUUGAAGAUUAAUUUAUAGUGGUAUGUAACGAAGGGGUCUUAUAAGCUGUCUGUAAAAACAACUCUACUGGCUAUUAGACGCAUGUUAGUGGAAGGAAAAAGUUCUGUGUUUUCGCUUAUUUAUUAAAGUAAAAAUCCAUUUAUAUGUCUCAGUAUGCACACUGUACAUGCAUUCAUUUUUGCUCAUGUUUUGGUUAUACGAGACUUUCAUUACAUUUCAUUUUGUGCGAGACCUCCCCAUGCCCCUGAUUAUGGCAUAUCUGUAAGAUUUGUACAU